AUGCCAGUACACAAAGAAAUAUCCACCUUCUCAACCGUAUAUCAUGUUGUUUUAUUGAUUUUGAAAGUAGCGGUACUAUAUAUUCAAAUGCUACUAGGAAUCAACAAGAAUGAAGCUGUAAAAGGUAACUCAACAAGUAGAGAAAAAGCUAGCUUCAAAGACAAGAUAAUAGACGCAAAAGAUUUUAAUGAAAUUGUGGCGAUAUCCGGUUAUCGAGCUCGAGAACAUGUGGUGACCACACGGGAUGGUUACUUGCUUGUGGUGCACAAAUUGGAAAAGAUACACUCAGACUUUGCUACUUACACCUCGAAACCCGUUGUUUACAUGCAUCAUGGGUUGUUGACCAACUCUGAACUAUGGGUACUUGGUUCCACUAAGGAAAAGACAUUACCUUACUUGCUUGUUGAUGCCGGAUAUGAUGUUUACCUCGGCAACAACAGAGGCAACAAAUAUUCAAGAAAACAUUUGAAACUAUCAGCAUCAGAUCCGAAAUUUUGGGAUUUUUCUUUGGACGAAUUUUCGUACUUUGAUAUUCCCGAUACCAUUGAGUAUAUUCAGAACUUGUACAAAACCAAGGGGCGUGACAACGUCGUCUCAAGAAUGAACUGGGCAAGUUCGGAAAGGUUGUCGAUUCCCAAUGAUACUGGCUCUCUCACACCCAUCUCAUUGCUGAACUCGACGUCAACGUUGGCAACAUAUCCAACUCAGGACACCGUUGACGUGGUGUACAUCGGAUUUUCACAGGGUUGCUCGCAAUUAGUUGCCAGCUUGAGUCUUUAUCCAGAACUCAACUCCAAAAUCAAAAUGUUCAUCGGCUUGUCGCCGGCAAUUAUACCCCUGAACUUGAAUCAUCCUAUCUUCAAAUUGAUUGUCAAUCAAACGGCUAGCGAUAAUGCCUUUCUUUAUAGCAUAUUCGGUAGGCGUGCAAUAUUGCCAAGUGUUUCAUUUUGGUCUACUGCAUUUGGCGCCAAAAUCUAUGAGAUUAUUGUCGACAAAUCGCUCUCGUUGCUAUUUGGAUGGACAGGGGUAAAUAUAAGCAAAGACCAAAAGUUAGUGGGAUAUCCUCAUAUGUUUUCCAAUUCAUCAGUCAAGUCUUUGUUACAUUGGUUCCAAAUUAUUAAAGCUGGUAGGUUCCAAAUGUUUGAUGAAACAUGCUCAUGUGGAUUAACCAGAUUAAGCUCGUUGUCAAGCAAAUCAAAAGCUAAAGGGAAUCGAGUUACUCCAUUUCCCAUAACCGACCACUUGAACGUUCCUAUGUAUUUGUUUUACGGAGACUCGGAUAUAUUAGUAGACAUUGAAAAAACAAAGUCUUUGAUAGUUGACAACAACGUACAGAUGCAGGACAAGUUGAAAGUGGAAUUGUGUGAAAACUACGAGCACAUGGAUACCUUAUGGGGUGAUCACGUUUAUGAAGAUGUUUUUCGAAAAAUUUUAAUGGAGUUGGACAAGAUGGAUAAAUGA